GAGUUGUUUUUUACGAGGUUACAUGAAGGCGUCAUUGUUCCACCCAGCUUGGCUGGCUCUAAGCUAAUUCUACAACAACACACCGCUACUAACAUACGCUAUAAUUUCCCACAAGUCUGAUCGGGAUAAUUAAACAUCACAGCCAGAAGCGGAGCAGCGUGAAGAGCGUCCUUCAAUAGAAUAAGCUGAUUACACACCCAGCUAUGUGAGCUGCUCUGAUGUGUGUGUUCCGACAUUCAUUCAGUGCCUGGCUGAUACAGCUUUCAAACUGGUCUGGAGGGCUUUGACGUAAACACUGAAUAAAUCUGCUGCUGAUUCAGCACUCCAGGUUUAUGUUGGUCUGGAUUGUGGGGUAACUUCCUAGAGCGGCGUCCACAAUGCCUCUGGGUCUGGGAAGAAGGAAGAAGGCGUCCCCCUUGGUGGAGAAUGAGGAAGCGGAGCCCAUCCGCGGUGGUCUCAACUUGCCGGGUAUGGAGGGCUUGGAUGGAGGAGUCGCUGGGGAGGCUGCAGGGUCUGACGGUCUUCCUCCCCCACCAAACAACAUGAGACCCCGGCUGAUUUUCCACACCCAACUGGCUCACGGCAGCCCCACAGGCCGCAUUGAGGGCUUUAGCAAUGUGCGAGAGCUCUAUGCCAAAAUUGGAGAGGCCUUUGGCAUCCCAGCAUCUGAGGUUAUGUUUUGCACGCUGAACACUCACAAGGUGGACAUGGAUAAACUUUUAGGGGGACAGAUUGGGCUUGAGGACUUCAUUUUUGCCCACAUUAAAGGCCAGAAGAAGGAAAUAGAAAUCUUCAAAGGAGAAGAUGCUUUAGGACUGACAAUCACUGAUAACGGAGCAGGUUAUGCUUUCAUCAAGAGGAUCCGGGAGGGGAGCAUCAUCCACCAAAUCCAGGUCAUUAACGUUGGUGACAUGAUCGAGUCCAUUAACGGCCAUCGCCUCAUUGGCUGUCGACACUACGAAGUUGCCAAAAUGCUGAAGGAGCUUCCUAAGGGGAAAAUGUUCACCAUCAAGCUUGUGGAGCCCCUCAAAGCUUUUGAUAUGAUUGGUCAGAGGUCGUCAGGCUCCAGGUCGGGCUCGGGGGUCCAGCUCGGGACGGGCAGAGGGACCCUUCGUCUGCGCUCUAAAGGUCCCGCCACCGUGGAGGAGCUGCCUUCUGCAUUUGAGGAAAAAGCGAUUGAGAAGGUGGAUGAUUUGCUAGAGAGCUACAUGGGCAUCAGAGACAGCGAGCUGGCCGCCACUAUGGUGGAGCUGGGCAAAGACAAGAAGAACCCAGACGAGUUUGCUGAAGCUUUGGAUGAGACUCUAGGAGACUUCGCCUUCCCCGACGAGUUUGUUUUCGACGUCUGGGGUGCCAUCGGUGACGCAAAGGUUGGACGUGUGUAACUGCAGGAGCUAACAGAGCAGAGCGCCCUGUGCGGGUGUUAACACUACCAGAACACACAGCACCACCAUCAUGAGUUUAUUUUUAUUCCAGUGUACAACACUCCUUCUAUUUUUGUGCAUUUCCACCCUUUUGGGAGCCAGAGUGGACUGUCCGGUUACACGAAGGGGAAGGUGACUGCCGUGACUUUCUGAAGUGCUUUAAUGUGUCUUCCAGCGUUUUUCCAGAAAUGACAUCGUUGAGCACAUCGCCUGACCCCCUCUUUUUCCCCCCCACUGAAAACCUCCCUGCAUGUUGACGUUGUAGUUGCCGGCAGCGGAAUCUGUUGUCUGAUAUGGGAGAAAUGAGAUCUUUGAUAUUAAAAUUACGUGUCUUUCUGCACUGCAAGCCAACAGCAGGGAUGAGGAUGAGCCGCACGUUGCCUCACCUGGUUAGAUGUUGCACUGCGUGACUUCUCCCCUGAGCUACAGUGCUGUUCUGAACCACUUGAUGUUACUGUUAUGGGUCAGUUUUUCAAGCAUGUGCUGUUACAUUUCUUAUUUUACAUUUCUUCCUAACAUCUGGUCUUACGUUAGAAAUAAAAUCUCUUGUUACAAAGAGGUGAGAGUAAACUGUAGCUUUACACUAAAAACUUAAGCAGCUCAUUGUUAGUGAAACAGACAGGAGACUCUACAGUGUUAAAAGGAAAACAGUGUUUACUUCCUGUUCCUCAAGGUCAAGCAGGAGGUUGGUUUGUGAACUGUGUCGACUUAUUUUUUAUAGCUAGUGUUUUUAUAUGAGGUGAUGUGAUGUCUAUUUUAAAAAAAAGAUUGAGAAUUGUGUAAAAAGAUGAACAUUUUCACCAUGUCGUUGCAUCUUUAUUACCAAGAGAGUUGUAACAAAGAAGCAGUAAUGGUUUGGAAUCGCUGUACAAGAAACAAAAUCUGCAUUUCAUCCAUUUUUUUAAAUGUUAUUUUUUUAUUUUGGACAUGUCUGUCUUUUUUUCUUUGUUACCGCUCAGAUGCAUGAUGUUGAUCCCGAAUGAGAUGCUGCUUCCAUCGUGCAACAACACCUAAUUUAAGAAAAAGAAAUAAACCCUUUUGUUGUUCUAACAUUUUCAGAUGAUCCAAAUGUGAAGAAGCUAUUUUGUAGUUUUGUUUCAUUCCUCAGAGUUGAUGAUAAAUCUACAUGGGUGAUGUAAUUAACACUAAUAAUUAUUUUGAUGGCUUUGUGUUACACGGUCCACGUUCAAAUACAACGCAAUAACAACA